AUGGAAAUGGUGAAGGCAGAGUCGACAAAGAAUCUGAUUAUCAAGGCGUGGAGGCUAUGCACUACUUUACAUAAACAAACCAGCAUCAAAAGGUGCACAGCACCCAGUUCAGCAAGGAGUUGCAGUACUAGCAAUGGCAAGCGGAAGAAGAACAAGGCCGACGAAGUAACUCCUGUUGGGUGUUUCUCAGUCUACAUCGGACCCGAAAAACAACGGUUUGUGGUGAAGGUGGAGUUUGCUAAUCAUCCGUUGUUCAAGGUGCUGUUAGAGGAUGCAGCAUUGGAGUAUGGGUACAAAAAUGACGGUCCACUGUUGCUUCCUUGUGAUGUGGAUUUGUUCUACAAUGUUUUGGCAGAGAUGGAGAGCAUGGAUAACAUCAAUGAGGAAAUCAUAAAGUUCCAACCGGUCUUUGAUACAAAUUUUCUUCAGUCCAACUCGCAGUCAUCAUUCAGAUUCUAG